AAAGCUGAUAAUUUGAUGCUCAUUUCGCGGUAUGAUGAAUAGUUAGGAGACAGGGAAUGAUUUCUUUAAUCAUUAUGAUGAAUGUUUUCCCAGGGUCAUCACCGGCCACCAUCAGCAACACUCCUCUCCCCACAUUAUCUGAUUCUCCUGUUUUACAAGCAGUCCUUGGUUCUUCUCAACAAUCAGAGAAAUGUCUAUCCACACCGCAUGUACCCCAAAGUGCCCAGAACAAAGACGACAUGUAUGGAGUGUUAAAUGAUGAGGACUGCAGUGGAGAUGCAGACGAAGGAGACUUGCCGCAAGACUGGCAGGUAGUGAUAAUUGGGACCAGUCAACACGACCAACAGUGUGACCAAACCUGCAGUGCAGAUCAAGGAGACCCACAACGAGGCUCGGAUGAAGGACCAACUGACACCAGUCAACACGACCAACAGAGUGAUUCAGAGCAGAGCAGCCAACUAUCCAAUGGGUUGUCAUCAUCGUACAUCGUGGUAGACUGGAGAGGAGAUGAAGAUGAUGAAGAAGGAGACUCACAACGAGACUCGGAUGAAGAACAGAGUGACACCAGUCAACACGACCAAAGGUUGUCAUCAUCAUCCCUAAUGGUAGACGUCAAUGAGGGCAGCCGUGGAGAUCUGUAUGAAGGACACCCAUAUGAGAAACAGAGUCACACCAUUGACCAACACAGACCCUUCCAACAAAGCAGCCAGAUGACAUUCAGCAGUCAGCAGGAAGAAGAAACCACUUCUGGCUGCAUAAAUGCUUGUGAGAGAACAGCGAAAAUCAAGACUGAGGAAGAGGACCCGCCAUCCAUAGCAGUAAUGUCUGUGUUGUCAGACAAUCAAGAUAUUAGCUCCUUCAUGCUCAGUAAACAUGACAAAGUCUCUCUAAAAGCAGAUCUUGUGAAAAACAUGAAUACCCGCACUAAACGGAAUCAUGUAGCAGCAAAGAUGGCUGCUGACGGACCACCUCAUCCAUGCUCCACAUGUGGCAAAGCCUUCAGUAGGAAAUUUGACCUUAGAAGUCAUCAGACCAUUCAUACUGGAGAGAAACCUCAUGUGUGCUCUUACUGUGGCAAGCGAUGUCGCCUGAAGAGAAUGCUGAAAAGCCAUUUGAAGAUCCAUGAAGCAGAAUGGCCCUUUGAAUGCUCAAGUUGUGGGAAGAAGUUCAUCCAGCAUACAGAAUUGGAACAACAUCUGAAACGGCAUAUUGGCUGCAGGAGUAAUUGUGAGAGGAUGACAAACAACAAAAAUGAUGGAAAGGACCCACCAUCCGCAAAAGAAGACAAUUGGGUGUCCUCCACUCAAAAAGACAACUUACACAAAGGUGGUGUACUUUCAGACAACAAAGAUGACAGUACCUCUUUGCUCAUUGAGCAUGAUAAAGAGUCUCUUAAAGCAGAUCCGGCCAAAAACAUGUAUACCCGAACCAAACAGAAUCAUGUAGCAGCAAAGAUGGUUGCUGAUCGACCACGUCAUGUGUGCUCCAUAUGUGGCAAAAUCUUCAUUAGGAAGUCUUAUCUCGAUAAUCAUCACAGUAUUCAUACAGGGGAGAAACCUCAUGUGUGCUCUUACUGUGGUAAGAGAUUUCGACUGAAAGAUUUGUUGAAAAACCAUUUGAACACCCAUAAAGGAGAAUGGCCCUUUGAAUGCUCAAGCUGUGGGAAGAAGUUCAUCCAGCAUUCAGAAUUGGCACAUCACCUGAAACUGCACACUGGCUGCAGGAGUUAUUGUGAGAUGAUUACCAACAACAAAAAUGAGGUAAAGGACCAACUGUCCACAAAAGAAGAGAAUCAGGUGUCCUCUACUGCAAAGGACAGCUUACACAAGGGUGUUGUGCUUUCAGACAACAAAGAUGUUGGUACCUCUUCGCUCAUUGAGCAUGAUAAAGAGUCUCUUAAAGCAGAUCCGGCCAAAAGCAUGGAUACCCACACCAAACGGAAUCAUGUAGCAGCAAAGAUGGCUGCUAAUCGACCACGUCAUGUGUGCUCCAUAUGUGGCAAAAUCUUCAUUAGGAAAUCUUAUCUCGAUAAUCAUCACAGUAUUCAUACAGGGGAGAAACCUCAUGUGUGCUCUUACUGUGGCAAGAGAUUUCGACUGAAACUUUUGUUGAAAAGCCAUAUGACGACCCAUAAAGGAGAAUGGCCCUUUGAAUGCUCAAGCUGCGGGAAGAAGUUCAUCCAGCAAUCAGAAUUGGCACAUCACCUGAAACUGCACACUGGCUGCAGGAGUUAUUGUGAGAUGAUUACCAACAACAAAAAUGAGGUUAAGGACCCACCGUCCACAAAAGAAGAGAAUCGGAUGUCCUCUACUGCAAAGGACAGCUUACACAAGGGUGUUGUGCUUUUAGACAACAAAGAUGUUGGUACCUCUUCGCUCAUUGAGCAUGAUAAAGAGUCUCUUAAAGCAGAUCUAGCCAAAAACAUGGAUACCCGCAUCGAACAGAAUCAUUUAGCAGCAAAGAUGGCUGCUAAUCGACCACGUCAUGUGUGCUCCAUAUGUGGCAAAAUCUUCAUUAGGAAAUCUUAUCUCAAUAAUCAUCGGAGCAUUCAUACAGGGGAGAAACCUCAUGUGUGCUCUUACUGUGGCAAGAGAUUUCGACUGAAAGAUUUGUUGAAAAGCCACUUGAACACCCAUAAAGGAGAAUGGCCCUUUGAAUGCUCAAGCUGCGGGAAGAAGUUCAUCCAGCAUUCAGAAUUGGCACAUCACCUGAAACUGCACACUAGCUGCAGGAGUGAUUGUGAGAUGAUGACGAGCAAGAAAAAUGAGGGAAAGGACGCACCGUCCACAAAAGAAGAGAAUCGGAUGUCCUCUACUCUAAAGGACAGCUUACACAAGGGUGUUGUACUUUCAGACAACAAAGAUGUCGGUACAUCUUCGCUCAAUGAGCAUGAUAAGGAGUCUCUUAAAACCGAUCCAGCCAAAAACAUGGAUACCCGCACCACACAGAAUCAUCUAGCAGCAGUGAUGGCUGUUAAUCGACCAUGUCAUCCAUGUGCCAUAUGUGGCAAAACCUUCAGAAGGAAAGCUUAUCUUACAGCCCAUCAGACCAUUCAUACAGGGCAGAAACCUCAUGUGUGCCCUUGCUGUGGAAAUACAUUUCGCCUGAGGAGAAUGUUGAAAAGCCAUAUGACGACCCAUACAGGAGAAUGGCCCUUUGAAUGCUCAAGUUGUGGGAAGAAGUUCAUCCAGCAUUUAGAAUUGGCACACCAUCAGAAACUGCACACUGGCCAUAUGAACACCCAUACAGGAGAAUUGCCCUUUGAAUGCUCAAGCUGUGGGAAGAAGUUUAAGAUGCAUUCAAGAUUAGUCUGGCAUCUGGCACGGUACAGGAACACUGACUGCAGGAUUGAUUGCGAGAGGAUGGUAAAAAACAGAAGUAAGGAAAAGGACCCUCAGUCCACAGAAGAUUUUCAGAUAUCCACUCUACAAGCCACCUUACACAAGGUGGCUGCCCACUCAAAGAAGAAAGCUGCCAAGAUGUCACCGAAGUACCCAUGCUUCAAAUGUGAAAAAGUAUUCAGUAAUGCAACUCAGCUUAAAAACCAUAGCACAAUUCACACAGGAGAGAGGCCCCAUGUAUGCUCUUACUGUGGCAAGACCUUUAGAUUAAAAUGUAUCUUAACAGAGCACUUAAGAACCCACACAGGGGAGCGUCCUUAUGAGUGCUCAGUCUGUGGAAAGCGAUUCACCCAGUCUUCAAUUCUUGCUGUUCACAAGCUAAUACACACUGGUGAGAAACCCUACUUAUGUUCGAUCUGUGGGAAAGCUUAUCCCACCUCAGGAGCAUUGUCACAACACACAAACAUAUCUCAUUCAGAAGAGCGGCCAUUUCGAUGUGAAUUUUGUGAUAAAACCUUUAAACGUCCUUAUGAACUGGCAAUACACAGAAGGGUCCACACAAAAGAGAGGCCUUUCCCAUGCACAUUAUGUACAAAGAGGUUCGCCUCUCCUGAUCAUGUGAAGAGACAUAUGCGAACACAUACAGGAGAGAAACCCUAUGGGUGUUUGCAGUGUGGGAAAAGAUUUGCAGAGCGUGGUAAUUUGAAAAUUCAUCAACGUGUACAUCGGUAAUACAAAUAUAUCUGGGUCUUGUAUGAUGUCAGUGUUAAAUAAUUUAGCAAAUAAUAAAUGAAACUUGCAUAGAUUAUAGGCCUACGUAAGAUUUGUGCCUUGCAAGAAAGACGUACAAUGUUGAAAUUUAAUUUUGCCUCUUAAAAAGUGUUUUUUUUUUUUUUACUUUAUGUGAUACUCAUAAUUCUUAGUACUCAUAAUACUGUACUUAAGAAAAUAAAUAAUUUACUUUUUUGUCCAUUAAUAAGGACAUGGGAAAAUUGCAUUGACCAUAAUAAUUAAAAGAACUUGAUUUGGUUGUUGGUGUGCUUACCUGAUCAAGGGCCAUUCAGGCUAUUUUUGUUACUAGACAUAAUUGUAUGUCAAAGGAUGUAUUUAAAAAAAUAAAAUGUACAAGGUUUAAAAUCA